CGCUAGAAACUGAAAAUAUGAACUUAAAAAUAGAGAAUGCAGACCUUAAAUCACAAGCCAUGCUAGAACCUGAAAAUACGAACUUAAAGAUAGAGAAUGCAGAUCUUAAAUCACAAAACACUGCCCUCGAAAAAGAUAAUACAGCAUUCAAAUCAAAAAAUGCAGGUCUAGAAAAAGAUAACGAAGUACUCAAAUCACAAAACAAAAUUUUCGAAAAAGACAAUGAGAAUUUCAAAAAAGUCAACGAGAACCUCAAUAAGCAAAUAGAAGAUUUGAAACUAAAAAUUAAAGAACUCAAUAAUAAAAGUAUAGAUCUCCAACUACAACUAACGAGCCUCAAGGAGCACCAUAAUACCCUUAAUGAUCAGUUCAAGGAUUUAUUAACGAAAAACAAAAUAGACAGGGAAACUAUAAAAAAGCUGAAUAAAGAAAUCAAAGAAAUAAAUGUCGAAAAAGAUAAAGUAGAAAAUGAUUUAUUAGCAAUAAUCAAAGAAAGAAAAGAAGAAAUUAAAGUAAGGAAUGAAUUGAUAGACAAAUUAAAUGCUGAAAAAUUAGAACUUAUUAUGAAGCAAAAAAAGAAAAAAUAUGAUUAA